CUCCGCCCCGGCCGCCAUUGCCUCGUGCCCGCGCCGGUCGGUUGGUGGCGCCUUUGUCCUGCGGCGGGCAGGUGGGCUGCGGCGGCGGCGGCGGCGGCGGGCCUGAGGCGAAGGAUCGGCCGGGAGGCCGCCGCGCUGGUAGCGAUAUUAAUAAGGCAGCGGAAAGAAGAAAUAUGAAUACGGCUCCAUCAAGACCCAGUCCCACAAGAAGGCAGCCACAACGAAGAAAGACUAAAAUGACUGUCUGUACUUUCAACGCACGUACGCUGGCAUCGGAAGCAGCCAUCGACGAACUGAUGGUGGAAGCACAGAAGAUCAAGUACGACAUCAUUGGACUGACCGAGACGAGAAGGCAUCGAUCGUAUCAAGCUGCCUUUGACACUGGAGAAGAACUGUUCCUCGGAACAUGUGACAGUAGAGGCGUCGGUGGUGUCGGUGUCCUCGUCAACACGACCGUGGCCAUGAACAUAGACUCAUUCAAAUGCCUAACAGCCCGAAUUGGACGCUUACAUUUGAAUAGUUGUGACUCAUUGCCGGCAGUUUCUAUCUUCGUCGUCUACGCACCAACAUCCAACUGCGACGAAGAAGAAAUUGAGCACUUUUACAUGGAGCUGGAGAAGUUCUAUAAAGAAGACCACACCUUCUACAAGGUCAUUGUUGGUGAUUUUAAUGCCAAGAUAGGACCGAGAAGGUUCCCCGAAGAACUCCAUAUCGGGACCCACGGCCUAGAAUGGGACAAACAGGGUGUGAGACUGUCUGAGUUCAUCAUGUCGACCCAGACCAUCCACGGUAACUCGCUAUUCCAGAAGGCCGAAUCUAAACGCUGGACAUGGGAGUCUCCUGGUGGACAGUUCCACUUCGAAGUUGACCACAUCAUAGUCAAUCAACGAUUUUGCCUGACUGAUGUCGCUGUUGUCCCAAAAUUCCAAACGAGAUCAGACCACCGUCUCCUUCGUGCGAAAUUCUUCUUCACGGAGGAGGAAAGAGAUCCCUAUGGGUUUGGAGACGGCCGAGACACCAGGCGUGACCGGUCCCCAAUUCGAGGAAGUCCAAGGCGAGAACCCAGGGAUGGCAGGAACGGCCGGGAUGCCCGGGAUGGCAGAGACAUGCGUGACCACAGGGACGGCAGAGACAUGCGCGACCACAGGGACGGCAGGAGUCUGCGCGAUGCUCGGGACAUGAGGGAUCUCAGGGACUUCCGGGACCUGAGGGACUCGAGGGAUUUUCGAGACCACCGGGACCCCGUGUACGACAGAUACAGAGACAUGAGGGACUCCCGAGACUCCAUGUACAGGAGAGAAGGUUCUUACGACCGAUACCUACGGAUGGAUGACUAUUGCAGGAGGAAAGAUGACUCUUAUUUUGAUCGGUACAGAGAUAGUUUCGAUGGACGAGGCCCUCCGGGCCCAGAAAGUCAGUCCCGUGCAAAAGAACGUUUGAAACGGGAAGAACGGCGUAGAGAAGAGCUUUACCGUCAAUAUUUUGAGGAAAUCCAGAGACGAUUUGACGCGGAGCGGCCUGUUGAUUGUUCUGUGAUUGUGGUGAACAAGCAGACUAAAGACUAUGCCGAGUCUGUGGGGCGCAAGGUGCGAGACCUGGGCAUGGUAGUGGACUUGAUCUUCCUCAACACAGAGGUGUCACUGUCCCAGGCCUUGGAGGACGUCAGCAGGGGCGGGUCUCCUUUUGCCAUCGUCAUCACCCAGCAGCACCAGAUUCACCGCUCCUGUACGGUCAACAUCAUGUUCGGGACCCCACAAGAGCAUCGAAACAUGCCCCAGGCGGACGCCAUGGUGCUGGUGGCCAGAAAUUACGAGCGCUACAAGAAUGAGUGCCGGGAAAAGGAGCGGGAGGAGAUUGCCCGAGAGGCGGCCAAGAUGGCCGACGAGGCCAUCCUGCAGGAGCGAGAGCGUGGGGGCCCGGAGGAGGGGCUGCGCGGCGGGCACCCGCCGGCCAUCCAGAGCCUCAUCAACCUGCUGGCGGACAACCGGUACCUCACCGCCGAGGAGACGGACAAGAUCAUCAACUACCUGCGGGAGCGGAAGGAGCGGCUGAUGCGGAGCAGCGCCGACUCUCUGCCUGGGCCGCUAUCCCGCCAGUCACUCGGGGCGGCUGCGGGUGCCUCACUGAAGACGCAGCCCAGCUCGCAGGCGCUCCCGAGCAGCCAAGUGCUCCCCUCCGCCGCACCCGCGCCGACCGCACCCCCCACCUCCCAGCAGGAGCUCCAGGCCAAAAUCCUCAGCCUCUUCAACAGUGGCACGGUGGCGGCCAACAGCAGCUCCGCCUCCCCCUCGGUUGCUGCCGGAAACCAGAACCAGAAUUUUUCCACAGCGGUGAACAGCCAGCCUCCGCAACGGUCACAGACCUCUGGCAGUCAGCCGCCAAACCUCUUGGGACAGGCGGGGUCUGCUCGGAACAUGGGCCCCAGGCCCGGGGCCCCCGCCCAGGGGCUCUUCGGCCAGCCGGCCAGCCGCCUCGCGCCCGCCAGCAACAUGGCUAGCCAGAGGCCCGUGUCCUCCACAGGUAUCAACUUUGACAAUCCGAGCGUACAGAAGGCUCUGGACACCCUGAUCCAGAGUGGCCCGGCACUCUCCCACCUGGUUAGCCAGACCAGCGCGCAGGUGGGGCGGCCCCAGGCCCCCCUGGGAUCGUACCAGAGGCAUUACUGAGGCUCAUGCGUGGCUGCCCGGUCCCCGGCCUCCUCCCAUUUACCGCGUUCUCGAUAAGAGUUACUCGGAGGAUGUUCUUGGCGCCUACCCAGGGCCACGUCGAAUGUCAUAAGUCUCUGCCACCUGCUGUCACUUCCACACAGGCUGUGUCGCUUCUCCAGUCAGAGCUGAAACUGCAUUUGGGGUGUCUCUCUUUGCUGGUUGGGGCGGGGGGCGGGGGGCAGGAGUAUCUCUGGGUUCUCUAGACAGUAUAGGCGUCUGGGCUCAGUUUCUGUUUCACAGCUUUUCCCGGGCUGGGGGGAUUGGGCGGAGCGAGGCCGCCUGGGCCGAGUGUGGGCCGGCGUCCCCUCGUCCCCAGCCGCGGGCAGGCCGGCCGAGGCCUGGAAGGCACAAGUGCCACCCGCCCCGCCCGCCUCGGACACUCGGCGGCACCUCGCUGCCCAGCCAGGCUGGGUUUGGGGGUUUGUUUUCAUUUCAUUGGAGACCCCAGUGCACUGCAGAGCUCUGGUCACCAGCAGUUCAGCCCGUGUUGCGGAACCAGGCCCCGCCUGACUCCCGCUUUACGUUUCUGUUCUGAGAAGGCAACGCGGGAGUCCGGCGGGAGUGACUGGUUUUUCGGUGACGGAUUGGAGCGAUGGGCUUCGAUGUCCGGCUUCAUCCAAACUCUUCCUCUUUCCGAGCAGCAGGAGGUAGGGACCCUGUGAUGUCAGCAUCUUGAGCCACGGGGCUGCUCGCCACUUGGAGCCGGAAUGCCAUUUCCUGGAGGGAGGACUCCUGGCUGUGCUCUCGGGCAGCCCAGGAAGCUUCCCCCCGGGGGCGGUGCUCGGUGGAGCUCGUGGAGCUCGGGCUCAAGGGCCCCGGGCAGGAAGUGACUUCCUGGGUGUCACUUCAGCCGGGUCCCUGCCAGUGGCUGAAGAAACAGUGGUUUUAAAAUUCAAGUUCCCCAGCCGGCAGCGUUUUAUGUUCUCACCUGUUUGUGUUACAUAGUGGGGUGUUUUGUUUUGUUUCGGGGUUGUUUUUGUUUGUUUUUUUUUUUUUGCCCCCUCUUCGGAAUUCUUGUGUUGUUAAUAAAUGAGAUGAUUAAUUUUUAAUUAAAAUGAAAAA